AGAGCAGGUGAUUUUUAUUCCAUUCAUUAUUUCUACAUUUUCGUUUGUUGAUUCGAUUCAUCGGUGGAUUGCAGUCUAGUUCAUUUCGAACAACUACCGGUACAUUAAAUUUAUCUUACUCUGAAGUUAGUGGUAAGUUCUCAAGCUUUCUUAUUCCCGAUUGAUUUUAUUUUUCUUAACUUAAUAAACAAAGAUCUAGGAAUUUGGUUUUAAUCGACUCUUUUCAAGACAGCCACCAGUAAUAUAAAGUGAUCGCUCAAGAGAGAUUGCAUUAUUUUUGUAUUUCUUGUAAUCUAUAUCUUCCAUAGGCAUCUUCCAAUCAUGGAUCCUUCUGAGCGUGGUAACGCAACCUUCUCUCCCAAUAGCUGCCUUGUUACUUUUCCUGGGGAUGUUCCAGACAUUAAAGCCGCUCCAGCCAUCGUUUCGUGUUUAGUGAGCAUCAUAUCAAGUAUUUUCGCGACGACAGGCAACUUUUUAGUGAUGUGGGCCAUAAAAGUGACUCCGUCAUUACACACGCCGUCUUCAGUAUUCCUCUUCAUCCUGGCACUAUCGGACUUUAUUGUCGGUAUUUUUGUUCAGCCCAUGUGUGUCUUACACCUGAUAGGUGCAACAACUCGCAAUAUUUCCCUGUACUGUGUCACUAGUGCCAUGCUGUAUCCUCCGGGAGUCACUCUUGUGGUUGUUUCUCUCAUGACCAUCACGGCGAUUACUGUUGAUCGAUAUCUUGCUCUUGUUUUACAUCUACGAUAUGCCGCCAUCAUCACCGUCAGCCGUGCGAUCAAGUUUAAUUUGCUAUUUCUUGGUAUAUGCAUUCCAUGUUCGUUUUACUUCUGGUUCUCCACAAUAGGUUGGUAUAGGAAGGCCUCCAUUUAUUUUGGUUUCAUUCUAGGUAUUUCUGGAGUCGCUGCGAUGGUUUUCUCCUACUAUCAAAUUUUUGCAAUAUUGCGGCGGCACAAAAAGCAGAUCCUGAAUCAAAAAAAAUUAGCCACAAGAUUGCACAGAUUUUCUGAAUUGGACAUUUCCAAGUACAGGAAGUCUGUUUUGGCAGUUAUUUUUGUUCUUGGUGCAAUUUUCUUCUGUUAUUUACCCUUUGGAGUGAGUUUCUUCAUGGCGAUGUUAUUCCAAAUCGAGGUGACCAAGUCUACCGUAUUCGUCACGGGAAUAAUGGUGAUGUUAAAUUCCUCUAUCAAUCCACUGUUUUACUGUUGGAGAAUAACGGAAAUUCGACGGUUUGCGAUUUCAAAAUUACGGCUCAUUUCUAAAGUGAGCGAGGUACCAUGUCAAGUUGGCGGUGUUACACGAGUCGAACCAGUACGAUGGAUCAACAAGGGCCAAUGGCGGACCAACAAAGGCCAAUGAAGGAUCAACAAUGGCCCCUGAAAGAACAACAAUGGCCACUGAAGGAUCAACAAUGGCCAAUCAGAAAAAAUUAUGACAUCCCAAGGAACCAAUGAGAGCUCGAAGUAUUUACGCCCAUCCGACCUCAAGUUUGUGACCAAGCUGCUGCUAAUCUUGAUGAGUGUGACAGUACUAUCUUUAUAAAGUAUCUUCUCACAGAUUUAAAAGCGCGAGUUGCUAAUUAUUAUUU